CACCUCAAUUUUUUUUGGAGCCAAACAAACAACCCCUAAUCCCUCGCGCCCCAACACUUUUAAUCAAAUUAAUUAAAUUCCCACAUAAUAAUUAAUAUCGCCAAAUUAUCCAAUUACUAUAAAACCCCCUAAAUAAAUAUUUGCUUUUCUUUCCUUCCAAUUUUAUCCGCCUCAACUACUCUCUAAUCUUUUUUCUCUCUCUCCUCUCUUUCUGGAAUUUCACACUUCUCUCUUUCUCUCUCCUCCGAUUCACUUUUCCGAUAUUAAUUUCAUCCAACAAAUUUUCAAACUUUACAAUUGAAUUUGUUUCAUAUUUCAGAUUUUCCGUCGAAUUUUCGUCCAAUUGUUCAACAAUUUGAUUGCAUGUUUUGGUUGAUUUCGUGUGUUAAUUCGGGGAUUUUCAAUUAGGGUUUGUUUUCCCGUGAAUUUCGACGAUUUCCCCCCUCUUUUCGAGCAAUUGGAAACCAGUGAAGCUUUGAUUUUAUUCCGAAUUCAAUUUUUUAUUUUUUGUUUUGAGGUUUUUGAUUGGUGAUAAUAGGGUUUUAGGAACAGUCUGAAAUUGGGAAUUGAAAUCCUAAUUUUUUUCUUACAAUCGAUGACUUUAGGGAAGAGAUGAUUGUUAAACGACCAUCUAAUUUUGAAAUGCCUGAUCUUAAACGAUGUGAUUUUGAGGAUUCUGGAAUUGAAGAAGAUGAUAAUGGAGUUUCUGUGCAUCUUAAGAAGCGAAGAACUGCAACACUUACUUACGGUUACACUCAGAAUGAGAGUAAUGCCGCAAUGAGCUCAUCUUACACAGAGGGUGGUUCAUCUUUUGGGGAAGAAACGGAGUCGGAUUCGAAGACUGUUGCUGUGUAUUCAAGAAAAACAUCGAGAGGGCGGGUUCCGACAUUGCCUUCUAGGUUUAGUGACUGUGUUGCUGGUUUAAAGAAGGAUAGUAAGUCCAAAUUUGCUGAUAUUGAGUCAGGUUUACAUGAAAUUUAUCUGAAAAGACGGGAUAAUAAGAAGAAUAAGCUAGAAGGUUCGAAUUUCAGCCCAUAUUUGGUUAAAAAGGAGUUUAAGGAGGAGAAACUAAAGUUGCCUAGCUAUAAGUAUCAUCCUUAUUGUCAGGACACAGAAGAGGAUGGGAUGAUGAAUGAUUUUUUGUAUAGUAAACCUUCGAUAAAUGGGUGGAAUUCUUCAGCUUUCGUCGCGAAUAAGGAUUAUAUGCCGGUGGCUGUGCCUCUUACUAGUGACAAGUGUGUAGGGAGAGGGUUAAGGACCAAGGUGAAACAGAAGAAAGCGAUUUAUGGACCGCAGGACUUUGCUUUGGGGGAUAUAGUGUGGGCAAAAUCAGGGAAGAGAUACCCUGCUUGGCCUGCCAUUGUAAUUGAUCCAAUGUUGCAAGCACCUGAGGCGGUUUUGAGUUCGUGUAUACCUGGUGCUAUAUGUGUAAUGUACUUUGGUUAUUCGAAGAAUGGAAAGCAAAGGGAUUACUCGUGGCUUAAAGGCGGAAUGAUUUUUCCAUUUCUCGAAUACCUAGACAGAUUUCAGGCGCAGACUGAUUUGCAUAAAAGUAAGCCGACUGAUUUUAGAAUGGCCAUUGAGGAGGCCCUUUUGGCAGAGCAAGGGUUUAUGGAUGGGCAGUUGGGAAUGGUAACAUCAACUGUUUAUGACGCCAACCCUCAUGGGUUUCACGAGGCAACUGGCUCCAACCAUCUUCAAGAUUGUUCUUCCCAAUGCCAGGAUGUUCAUGAGAAGAAGAGAGAUACACGCCCUUGCAGUGGAUGUGGUUUGGUUCUCUCGUAUAAAUCAUUUAUUUCCCAUCAAGGCCGGUUGCUGUGUAAACAUUGUGUCAAGUUACUGAAGUCAAAGCAGUACUGUGGUGUGUGCAAGAAGAUCUGGCACCAUUCUGAUGGUGGCAGUUGGGUGUGUUGCGAUGGCUGCGAUGUUUGGGUGCAUGCUGAAUGUGCUGAAAUUUGUGGCAAAAAUCUCAAGGAUCUGGAAGAUGCUGAGUACUACUGCCCUGAUUGCAAGCCAAAGUUUGCAUUUGAGCCAUCGUAUACAAUAGUAGUACCUGAAAUCAGACAACCAGUGCCGCCUGCUGAGGUAACUGUUUUGUGCAAUGGUAUGGAAGGAGCAUAUAUUCCAAGCCUUCAUUUGGUUGUGUGUAAGUGUGGUAAAUGUGGGACAAGAAAGCAGUCAUUAAGUGAAUGGGAAAAGCACACAGGCUGUAGAGCAAAGAAAUGGAAGUAUAGUGUGAAAGUCAAAGGCUCCAUGAUCACCUUGCAUCAAUGGCUCACAGAUUUUGGAGCGAGUGCUGCUUGUGAAUCUCAAAAGCUGGAUAAGUCAAAAUUAUUUGGCUUUUUGAGAGCAAAGUAUGAACCAGUUUAUGCAAAAUGGACAACAGAACGUUGUGCCGUAUGUCGAUGGGUUGAGGACUGGGAUUACAAUAAAAUUAUAAUUUGUGACAGGUGUCAAAUAGCUGUUCACCAAGAAUGCUAUGGAGCCAAAAAUGUUCAAGAUUUCACAUCUUGGGUUUGCAGAGCUUGUGAAAUUCCUGAUGUCAAGAGAGAGUGCUGUCUUUGUCCUGUUAAAGGAGGUGCUCUGAAGCCUACUGACGUUGAUACAUUAUGGGUUCAUGUCACGUGUGCUUGGUUUCAACCUGAAGUUGCUUUCCUAGAUCAUGAAAUAAUGGAACCGGCAAUGGGGAUAUUGAGAAUUUCAAUGAACUCAUUUGUGAAGAAAUGCGUAAUAUGUAAGCAGAUUCAUGGAUCCUGCAUUCAAUGCUGCAAAUGUGCUACCUAUUAUCAUGCCACAUGUGCAGCAAGGGCAGGGUAUUGCAUGGAACUACACUGUAUGGAGAAUAAUGGAGUACAGGUGACAAGAAAGGUGUCAUAUUGUGCUUUUCACAGGAACCCUAAUCCAGAUGCUGUGUUAGUUGUGCAAACUCCAGAAGGGGAUAUUUUCUCUACUCGAUUGUUGCUUCAAGACCAUAAGCAAGGUAGAAGCUUCAAAGGUUCAAGGCUCAUUUCUAAAAGAAUUGAACUCCCUGACCCCAUGCCUUCAAAAUCUGAUCAAUAUGAUCCUCUAUCUGCUGCAAGGUGCCGGAUGUAUACUAGGUCCAAAAAUAAGGAAGCAGGCAGAGAUCCAAUAUUCCAUCGAUUAAUCGGGCCAAUCCAUCAUGAUAUUGCAAAGAUUGAUAGUUUGAAUUCUUUCAGGGACGUUAAUCAUGCAAAACAGUUGUCUUCGUUCAAGGAGCGCCUUCGUCAGUUACAGAAUACAGAAAACCAGCGGGUUUGUUUUGGGAAAUCUGGAAUACAUGGAUGGGGCCUCUUUGCACGUCGGAGCAUUCAUGAAGGAGACAUGGUCCUUGAGUAUCGUGGUGAACAGGUGAGGCGCAGUGUUGCUGAUUUGAGAGAGGCACAGUAUCGUGUAGAAGGAAAAGAUUGCUAUCUGUUUAAGAUCAGUGAAGAUGUAGUAAUCGAUGCUACCAACAAAGGAAACAUUGCUCGCCUAAUCAACCACUCCUGUAUGCCCAACUGCUAUGCUCGGAUUAUGAGUGUCGGUCAUCAGGAGAGCCGAAUUGUGCUAAUUGCCAAGACUAACGUUCCUGCUGGUGCAGAACUCACAUAUGAUUACUUGUUUGAUCCUGAUGAACGGGAUGACUCAAAAGUCCCUUGCCUUUGUAGAGCUCCCAACUGCCGCAAAUUCAUGAAUUAAAGCAUCAAAUUUUGCCAUUUUACAAGCCUUGGAGAAAAAUAACUAAAAGUUUUACAGGUUUUGAUAGAGUUAGAAGAACUGACCCAUAUGCUAACUUGUGGAAGAAUCUUCACUUCUGAUAGAAGAUUACGGCCUCCCUCUCCUCCCCCCUUUUUCUUGUGACAAUAUGUAAAUUUAUCAGCUUGGUUCAGCUAUGGCUAUUCAUGGUUUUGUAUACGAGUUCAUUCUUUCAAUGUAAUUAUAACAAUUAUUGAACCAUUCUCGUAUUAUAUCUUGUAUAAAUCCACAAAUGUAGCUUGAACUCCUUUACUUUGAUUUAAUGACUAGAAGUAAGUUGAGAGCCA